CUUUCCCUCAUUUUCCCCGCCACAAAAAACCACUCAUCGCUCCCUCUUUUCCGUUGCGUUGCCCGAUAAAUUUUCCGAUGCAAAAGAAAAAAGACAAAAAAAAGGAUCCGAUUCUUAUAAAUCAAGGAAAUUCUUCAUAAAACUGAAGAUGUUUUAAUUUUAUUUUGUUUGGAAGUUGAUCUCUGCGAAGUGUUCAAGUACAAUCUAAUUCAGGCAAUUACCCAAAAAAAAUAAAAAUGGAUGUUUCACCAGUUCAGUUGUUCAAUAGUUUAUGCCCGCCACGUGCGCCGCCUACCGCUUACUCAACAUUGCAUUCUAGGUCUCUAAACUCAUUGAGUUACGAAUCGUUCCGUGUCAAGGGAGGUUUAAGUUAUUCUCUUUCCAUAUCGUCUGGGGUUCGAGCCCUAGAUAGAGAUAAAUGGAAAAGAACAGAGGAUCAUCCACUCGCCGAUGAUUUUACAGAUAACAAUCAGGAUGCAGACUCAUGGCCGAGAUCAUUGCAGCGUGAUUUUGCUGGCACACCUUAUGUUCCUGUAUAUGUUAUGCUGCCGCUGAGUGUUAUUGAUAUGAAUUGUGAGUUGGUUGACCCAGAGGGUUUAAAGAAUCAGUUAAGGAUUUUGAAGUCAGUUAAUGUGGAUGGUGUAAUGGUUGAUUGCUGGUGGGGUAUAAUUGAGGCGCAUGCCCCUCAAACGUAUAAUUGGACUGGCUACAGGAGGCUUUUCGAAAUUGUGCGUGAUGUUGGGCUUAAGUUGCAGGUUGUAAUGUCAUUUCACAAAUGUGGAGGGAAUGUUGGCGAUGACGUAAAUAUUCCACUCCCUCAAUGGGUAAGAGAAAUUGGGGAUAGCAACCCUGACAUAUAUUUCACAGAUAAAGAAGGAAGGCGCAAUACUGAAUGCCUUACAUGGGGAAUUGAUAAGGAGCGGGUGUUAAGGGGCCGAACUGCUGUUGAGGUUUACUUUGACUUCAUGAGGAACUUUCGUGUAGAAUUUGAUGAUUUCUUUGUGGAUGGAGUGAUAUCUGAAAUUGAAGUAGGACUUGGUCCUUGUGGGGAGCUACGCUAUCCUUCUUAUCCUGUAAAGUUUGGUUGGAAAUAUCCCGGUAUAGGUGCAUUUCAGUGUUAUGAUAAAUAUAUGAUGAAGAGUCUAAGCAAAGCUGCAGAGAAAAGAGGCCAUUCUUUCUGGGGUAGAGCACCAAAUAAUGCUGGUUCUUAUAAUUCCGUACCUCAUGAGACUGGCUUCUUUCGUGAUGGAGGUGAUUAUGACAGCUACUAUGGAAGAUUCUUUCUUAAUUGGUACUCUCAAUUUUUGAUUGAUCAUGGUGAUCGUGUGCUUGCUCUGGCCAACUUGGCUUUUGAAGGCAGUUGUAUUGCUGCAAAGCUAUCAGGUAUUCAUUGGUGGUAUAAAACAGCUAGCCAUGCUGCAGAGCUGACUACUGGGUUUUACAAUUCUGCACAUCGUGAUGGCUAUGCUCCAAUUGCAGCAAUGUUGAAGAAACAUGAGGUUGCAUUAAACUUCACAUGUGUUGAAUUGCGCACCUUAAUUCAGCAUGAGGACUUCCCAGAGGCAAUGGCAGACCCAGAGGGAUUAGUUUGGCAGGUGCUGAAUGCUGCAUGGGAUGUUUCCAUACCGGUUGCUAGUGAGAAUGCUCUUCCAUGUUAUGAUAGAGAAGGCUAUAAUAAGAUACUAGAAAAUGCCAAGCCCCGAAACGACCCAGAUGGCCGCCAUUUAUGUGCUUUUACCUACCUCAGGCUCAGCCGAAUUCUGAUAGAUAGACACAACUUUCUGGAGUUUGAAAGAUUCGUCAAAGGGAUGCAUGGGGAAGCAAUAUCAGAUCUCCCAUUGCACUGAAAAACCUGCUUACACCCGAAUGGAAAUGAUGGACAGGUUGCUGCUGGUUGGGGGAAAGAAAGAUACAUAUAAACUCCGUGGAUGUUCUUUUUUCAUAAAUGAUAUGAUUUAGGCUACCUAUGUAAAAAUAUAUGCUUAAGAACACGAAUUGAUUCCCUCAAGUUAGCAGGAAUGUACCAAAAUCUGCAGUCCCCACCACCCCAAGCAAGCAUAUUUUAUCUGCUGAGAUCAUAUCAGAAAACUUCAUCUAUUCCCUUUUGUAGAUGUUAAAAAUGUGCUAAAAGAUUUCCAUGUUCUGUAAAAUAGAAGAUGUUUAUGUUGAAUGGAUUGGUACUGUAAUUGGUGCUGAGCUCAAUUAUGUGGGGACAAUUAUUUGUAUUGGAUUAUCUUAGUUUUCAAGAUUUGUUU